CGGCGCUCAGCUUGAUGCGCGCUCGAUGCGCGCUCGAUGCUGCUCUCCCAGGCACUCGACGUGCUGCGCUGCAGCUGCGUCUUUCAUUCUUUCCAGUCGUGUAGUGUCUCGUGUCUCGUUCUCGUCCUAGUGCAACAUAGUCUGGGUGUCUGCUGUCUGCUGUCUGCUGUCUGCUGUCUGCCUCUGCGCAAUACAUGUGAGCCCCGACUCCCCAACACCCAUCUCCAAUACCGACACCCCAAUGCCCGCCCCCGAGGCGCCGCGGCCAUGGCACCAGCAGCCCGACACAAUCCCGCUGUCGCCCGAGUCCUUCACGGCGCAGAAGCUGCAGCACGCGACGCCCGAGCACCUCGACCUGACGUCGCGCCGCUUCUUCAUCGGCCCCGUCCCCACGGCCUGGCUGAGUAAGCACCGCCGCGACUGGUACAAGCACCACCUAGGCAUCAGUUACUCGAGCCGCGCCGCCACCUUUUCGUCGGACCCGCGCGAAGCCCGCCAGCGGCGCCUCAGCGGCGCAGAAGGCCCCAGCGCCUCGGCUCUCUUCCAGCACAGCUUCCCGCAGCCCGAGGAGCUCGACGCCGAGGACGGAGCCGCCGAGGACGGAGCCGCCGAAGACGCAGCCGCCGAAGACGGAGCGGCCGAAGAUGGAGCCGCCAAAGACGGAGCGGAGGGCGCGCAGGGUCGGCGUGGGAAUGAUGUGGUGGGCAGCGAGGCUGAGGAGUUUGUCGACGCGCCCUCGGAGCCUGGAGAUGUCGACGCCGACGCCGACGCCGACGCCGACGACGGGGACCUGCGCGUCUACACCCACGAGGGGGAAGAGUACGACCCUGCAAAGCCGCCGCUCCCACACCGCGAGAGCACCAGGUCCUUUGUGACGGCAUCGUCGAUGCCGAUUGCAGAGUCUGACGGAGACGAGGGCGAGGGCGCCGAGACGCCUCGCGCAGAGGAGCCGCAGCCCGCGAUGGUGCCUGGUGGCAAGUCGCGGGGCAAGCUGCCGUUGUCUGCCGUGACGCAUGCGGCCGCGGCAUCUACCACAAGAGGGCCGCCCUCGGUAGAUGCCGACUCGACCUCCUCCUUGCUGCGAGACGCUGACGUGAACAAGGCACCGCCCCGGGGCAUCCUCGCGCGAGCCAAGAGACGCUCGAGCAUGGGCCUGUUCAGGACCGACACGUCCACGGGCCCCGAGCAGCCCACAGCAGACCUCUUACAGCCCACAUCAGACCUCUUACAGCCCACAUCAGACCUCUUACAGCCCACAUCAGACCUCUCACGGCCCACAUCAGACCUCUCACGGCCCCCGCAAGACCCCUCACGCAAGCCGUCGCACCUGCGCAACCUCGUCAGGUUCGACGUGCCCGACGACUCGAGGCGCCAGGCAGUGCACCUCAAGGCCAAGAAGGCCCAGAUGACCAUCCAGCGCGCCGGCACCAAGCUGCGCCGGAAGAGCAUCAAGGACGGCCUGGUCGUCAAGAUGGAGCGCAUGCUCGUGCGCGUCGACGCUGCCGACCAGGUCCCCGACGACUUUGACGAAAACGUCAGCCAGCGAGUCGUCUCGAGAGUCAAGGAAAAGUGGCGCGAGUACAUGGUUGUCUGUCGCCACAGCCACACGGACGGAGCUGAUUUCCUGCUACAGCUCUACCAGACGAGGGUCAUCCCCGAGAUCGCGCAGCCGGGCGCAGGCAAGCGUGCAGCCUACGAGAUCCCCCUCGGCCGCAAGACCAGCAAGCUCAACCUGUACUCGUCGCUCGACAAGUCCAUUGUCGUGUCGACGCCCGGCUCCAGGGGGACCCUGAUCUUCAUCAUGCAGUCGCGGACGGCUUCCAACGCCGUCGAGUGGUACACGUUCCUGCGCAACGUGCUCGGAUGGCGCCGCGCCUCGGAGCUGCACAUCAACAUCCCAGACAUGAGUCUCAGCGUGCGCGUCGCCAACCCCUUUGAGAAGCUGGAAGCCUCGCAGAGCCGCGUCCAGGACGCCGACGACACCGAGGAGGCCAUCUUGAAGACGAUGCAGGAAGAGCAGGCCGUGGCCCAGGCACUGAUCCGGCAGUGUCUUGACCAGCUGGAAGACGCGCCCGAGUGGGCGUCGGUGCUGGAAGCCUGGACCAAGGAGCAGCGCAUAGGGCUCGCUUGGAAGCGCUACGACCGUCUGGAGUGGAUCCACGGAGCCAACGAGCGCAAGAUGUACGGCACAAUCGCCAUGCUGAAAUCCCACGAUCUCGAGCUGCGGCCAAAGACGCACUACCCCACGACAGCCGUCACGCGCAACAAGCACAAGACCCUAACCGAGCCCGUGCCCGUCGAAGGCUUCCUCAUCAGGCUGACCGGGCAGCGAGGCCGCGCAAAGCGAUUGGGGCUGAUGUACCACAAGCAGCUGUACUUUGCCACUCACGAUCAGUACCUCGUCUUCUCACGGCCCACAAAGGCAACUCCACCUCGUCCGCCCAGGCUCCCUGCCUCCAACAGCUCGGCGGUCCCCACAUCGCAGGCGAUCCGGGACACCACGCCGGACAGCUGGGCCGUCAACCCGUACCCUGUGCAGGACAAGCAGAUUGAGUGGCUCAGGAAGGGGCACACGGGCACGUCUGAAACCAAGAGGCUGCAUGACGAGGACGCGGCAGACGAGUUCCAGCGCAACCAACACAACCUCCUCAACUGCGAUGGCUACAUUGACAUGACCGACAUGGUCAAGGUCCGCAAGGCGAGGCUGGGCGCCAGUCCUGCUGACCAAGACAUGGAGCCAGGCUCGGACGUCGACUUUGACCAAGACGUCGACAUGGACGACUCCCGAGGCGAAGACGGCGCCACGAGCGACAUUGAUCUGGGCCGCACCUUUGAGCUGGUCAUGAAGAACGGCCUGGUGGUCCGCCUGCAAGCCGCCGACAAGCCGCGCCGCAAGCAGUGGAUCAUGCACCUGCGCGCCCUCGCAAAGUACUGGAAACACCGCACCGCGUCCGACAUUGCCCUCUACAAAUCGACGCGUGCCCGCAACCUCAGCGCGCUUAACAUUGACGAGGAGGGCGAGGCGCUCAUUGGCCAGUUUGCGCGCAAAUGGGAAGUCACGCAGUCGUACGCCUCGCCGCUGCUCUACAACAUGUGCGGCAUCGCCUGCUGCCGCACCAUCCACAUGUCUGGCACACUGUACCGCAAGCCACGCAUCCACGCGCCCUUUACGCGCUGCAGCGUGCUGCUCGCGGGCGGCUCGCUCGCCAUCUUUGCCGACGUGCUGCGCUCCCGCGUCGGCAAACAGCUCACGCACAUCCACCACGAGCGCAUCGCCAACCUCGACCUGCGCGACUGCUACGUCUACUCGGGCCUCGUCACCGAACACGACCUGCUCUACCAGAACCAGACGUUUGACGCCAACCAACCGGGUCACCACGCGCUGCCCCGCGUCUACCCCCUCGACGGCUGGACCUCCACCGACGAGGACGUCAUGACCACGUUUGUCAUCUGGCACGGCAAGGCGCGCAGCUGGUUCAGGGCUGAGCAGGGCGCGGGCGGGGGGGAGCAGGUCAGGAAGGAGGGUAAGCGGGGGCGCGUCAAGCGCGUCGCCAAGCUCGGGUCCAAGGGGAGGAGUGUGGUGUUUCGAGCAAGGAGUCGCGCUGAGAGGGAUCAUUGGGUGCUUGCUGUGCAGAAUGAGAUUGAGCGGGUGGCGGCUGGUGAUGGGAGUGAUUUUAGGAUUGAGCGUGCUGGGAAGUAGAGGGGGGACUGUUUUGGAUCGGGAUGUGGUUGUGUGUUGUAAGCUGCGGAGGGAGGGCGAGACUGGGUUUACCUACAAAGUAGUGCUGGGACUGAUACUAAUACUGAUGCUGAUACUGAUAUUGAUACUAAUACUCAUUCUAAUACUCAUACUCAU